ACCUAUCGAUCCCUGCUGAUCCGCUGCUCAUUUAUAUCCGCUCCGUGUUCGGACGGUCGGACCACACCGGGCCGGUACCGUAACUGACAGAGGAAACAGGAAGCACUUCCAAAUAAAUCUCCUCUCGGACUAACUGACGUCACUUAUCAAUAUUAAACUGAUUGGUUAUCGAUCAGACGAUGUGUGAAGUUUUUCUGUGGAGAGAAAUCAGCAAAAUAAAGCGCAGUGUUUUUCUGAAGGACGACAGUUUAGACGCAUUACGCCACCGUAGCGUCGUGUCCAGGUGGGCGUGUCUUGGAGGAGUCGUGGGGGCGUGGCUUGUAGGUCUGCAGGGCUGCAGCUGGACUCUUCUCUCAUGUUGCUGUGAUCCGGGUCACACGACGUCAUCAAACAUGGCGGCAGCGGUGUUUUGGAGGAAAGCAGAACUUUUCCGAGCCGUGAAGACUUCAGUCCAGAGGUCAUGGCUCCACAGCUCAGCAGCUCUUCAUCAGCAGUCUCCUCCUCCUCCUCAGUCGGGGUUCUUCCCUCCGGCUGAAGGCGUCAUGCUGCCGUCAGGAUGUUUCAAAGACAGAGUGGCGUUCAUCACGGGAGGCGGGACCGGACUGGGCCGCGCCAUGACGACCGCUCUGUCUCAGCUGGGCGCUCAGUGCGUCAUCGCCAGCAGGAAGUUGGACGUUCUGCAGCAAACAGCCAAAGAGAUCAGCAGCCAGACUGGGAACAAGGUCCACGUGGUUCAGUGUGACGUCAGAGACCCUCAAGCCGUCUCACGUUGUGUUCAUGAGAUGGAGACGCUGACGGGACUUCCUGAUGUGAUCAUCAACAACGCGGCAGGAAACUUCAUCUGUCCGUCAGAACGUCUGUCAGUCAACGGCUGGAAGAGCGUCACCGACAUCGUCCUUAACGGGACGGCGUACAUCACUCUAGAGCUCGGCAAGAGACUGAUCCAGAGUCAGAAAGGUGCAUCCUUCCUCGCCAUCACCACCAUCUACGCUGAGUCUGGUUCUGGUUUCGUGGUUCCGAGUGCGUCGGCGAAGGCCGGAGUGGAGGCACUCUACAAGUCGCUGGCUGCAGAGUGGGGACGCUAUGGAAUGAGAUUCAACAUCAUCCAGCCUGGACCAAUCAGAACCAAGGGGGCGUUCAGCCGUUUGGAUCCAACAGGAGCGUUUGAGAAGACGUUCAUCGGUCGGAUCCCGACAGGUCGACUCGGACAACCUGCAGAGAUCGCAAACCUGGCGGCUUAUGUGAGCAGCGACUUCGCUACCUGGAUGUCUGGAGCCGUGAUUCGAUUGGAUGGAGGAGAGUACGUGUCAAUGGCUGGAGAGUUUAACGAGCUGCGCAGGGUGACUCCGGAUCAAUGGAAGAUGAUGGAGGAGAUGAUCAGAGGCAGUAAAGGAUCCUAAAAACACUCCCUCACUCCUCAUUGCAUCAGAACAACCAAUCAGCUCACGGUGUUGUUACCAUGGAGCCGGCAGGACCCUCCCACCUGCUGAUGUCAUUAUGUUGAGGGAAUCUGAUGGAUGAUAUUUUAGUUUUUUUCAAUUUUGGUUUUGAUAUUUUACUAAACAAUUGAUUGAUCAGUGAUCACUGACAGAGCUGAUCUGCUGCUAAUAUCAGGAAGCACUGUAGCCUGUUAGCUUGUAGCUUGUUAGCUUGUAUCUUGUUAGCUUGUAUCUUGUUAGCUUGUAGCCUGUUAGCUUGUAGCUUGUUAGCUUGUAUCUUGUUAGCUUGUAGCCUGUUAGCUUGUAGCCUGUUAGCUUGUAGCCUGUUAGCUUGUAGCCUGUUAGCUCGUAACUUGCUCAGUGUAAACUCAAACGUUUCUGUUUUAUAAUAAAAUCACCCUGACGUCAGUGCUCAUCUGA